GAUAGAUAUCAAGAAGAGACAGUAUUAGCACCUUCCCUCAGCUAGCACCCAACGUACACGCAGAUACAGCCUGACAAAAUGAUCCUCCUGUCACUGGCAUGGUUUCUAUUGACAGAACCAUUUUGGACAUCUGGUUCAGAACAGAUCCUGAUGCAAGAAGAAGUCAUCGUUCGUUACCCUAAGAUCUUAGGCAACGAGACCAUUGAAUGUGAUUGUGGUAGCACUGCUUGUGACUUAGUCUUCUGGUUCCGCAGUCACAUCAGUGGGAAAGUAGAGUUUCUAGGUAGAUGCAACAAUGCUGACCGUGUUAACUAUGGGGAUGGCGUGGAUCAGAAGCGGUUUAAAAUCAGCAAGAAGGGCAGUAACACCUUCGCACUGCGUGUCAUCAGUGUGACAGAAGAAGACAAGGGGAUUUAUUCUUGUGUCUUGAAGGAGAAAAAUGUUAAUGAAAUAUGGAAGCCUGGGACUCUUCUACUGCCAGGAGAGACCCCACCAACACCACCACCUAAGCCAAAACCCAGACCACAACCAAAAAAAAAGAAAUGUGACUGCAGUGCAGGUAAGGGUGACUGCUCCAUGAUUCUUUGGCCACUCAUUGGACUUCUUGCAUGCUUGGCUCUGGUUCUCGUCUGCACGCUGCAAUACUUCAGCCGGCUACCCAGAAAGUGUCACCACCACUUUGUAAAAAGAGGCAGAUGACCUAAAAAAUCCUGCAUCUGCAUCUCAUGUAUAAUUUAAGUGGCUGAAGGGCUUCGCUUGAGUAUUCUGUCCAGCGGAGCAUGAAGGUCACAAUUCCCCCGAAAUAUGUGGUCCUUACGAACUCUCAGCAAUAAAAUCUUUUUUUCAGCAGCAGCAGACAUGUAAGAUAUUGUAACAUAUUGACAGGCUCCUAUUUAAAGCCCUCUGUUUCCAUUUCUAAUUUCUCUUAUUUGUCACUAAACAGAUGCCAAUUUUAUUGUAAUUUAUCAAGGUGUUUUUUUUUUUUUUUUUUUUUAAUUCAGCGGGUAUUAGAUGUGCUGUGAACUGUGAUCAGCUUAUUAACAUACAAACAUCACAAAUAGCCAAAUAAACAUACAGUAAUUGUUCCGUUUUCUGCAUGUUUUGCUCUCUUCUGUAUUCAUUUGUGUUUGUUUUCCACAGUAUUGCAGCAGUUUAGACACAUUUGUAAAGAAGCACUGUCAUGUUGAUCAUUUCUGUGUGCGCGCUUGAGUUUGAUCAAUAAAACUGUAUCAUUGCAAUCUUUUAUAGCGGCGAUCUAAUUAUGCCUUUAGCACCCAAAUGCAACAUUGCCUUGAAACUAAUGAAA